UCCGUCCCUCCCACCCUUGUCCCCCCGCUCUCUGCCUUUUUCUUUCACGCACGCUCUGCCUCUUUUGUGGAGCGCCAGCAAACGUGAGGCGGCUCUUUGACUGACAGACGAAUAGGAUAAUACGCUCACCGGGGGGUACUACCAAAGAAGACAUCUCUAGUGGUGCACAGUUUGUCCACUUUUCAGCCUAAAAGUGUGCAGGAACAUGUUGCGUGAACGAUGUUUGCAGCUCUUGUUUUCAAUCUGUUAACUCAUGCAGAAAGAAGACAACAUCAGGCACAUUUCUGAGCAGGGAUAACUGGAUUGUGCCGCAGAGAUAGCGAUUGAGCUGCUGAAAAAAGAAAUUAGGAAAGAGCCCACCUCUCUGUGGACGUCUGAAUGAGUAAGAAAAACUGUGGUGGUGUAUGUGGAUAGGGAUCUAAGCUCCUGUUCCUGGAGAAGUACUUCGCUGCUGGAAGGUGCAGUGAGACAACUGGAGGCGACUUCUUUUGCGACUUGUAUUCUGGCUGAAUGACUGAGACACGGAUCAGCACUCUCCUCCACCUCUUGCUCUCCUCUACUCCCUCCGUCCACCUCAUUUCCUCUCACCCAGGGCUGAGACUGGAGCAUCAGGCUGAAAGAGCUCACUGCACACUCCAUUAAGACUGAAGACUGCAAAAGGAACAUCACUCUUAGAGAUCUGUCGCUUUCUUCUUGUUUCUCGAUUUUUGGACUUUGCUGGUUUUAGAAAGUGCCUGCUUUGAUCUUCUGUUGUACCACUGUCUUGUCUUUCAUUGCCAUUGCUGAACUUUGUGGUAGAGAGUGUUUUAGAAGGACUGCCAGUCUGUCUUAAUCUUCUCUCUUACCACUGUCUUAUCCUAGAGUGCUCUUAUCUUUGCCGGACUUUGUGACAGAUUGUACUUGUCUUCAAAUUCUGAAAGGAAUUCCCACUUCUCCUGAUCACCCUGCAUCCCCCAGGCCAGGAUGCAGGUGUCCUUUGUGUGUACGGACCACCGGUCCAUGAGCCGCAGCACAGAUGACCGGCUAAACCGGCAGAAUGCCAACAGCCCAAACACGGGCACCCGCAGCAAGUUCAGAGCCGUGGCCAUGGUGGCCCGCAGCCUUGGCCAGCUGUCCGUCCAGAGCGUACCCUCUUCAAGUGACCAGAGUAUGAGGACCGGCAUGAAGUAUAGAAACCUUGGGAAGUCUGGACUGAGGGUGUCAUGCCUUGGGUUAGGAACAUGGGUGACGUUUGGUGGUCAGAUCACAGACGAGAUGGCCGAACAGCUGAUGACUCUUGCUUAUGAAAACGGGAUCAAUCUGUUCGACACAGCCGAGGUCUACGCUGCAGGAAAGGCCGAGGUGGUGCUGGGCAAUAUAAUAAAGAAGAAGGGAUGGAGGCGCUCCAGUUUAGUGAUCACUACAAAAAUCUUUUGGGGUGGAAAGGCAGAGACUGAAAGAGGACUGUCUAGAAAGCACAUUAUAGAAGGUUUAAAAGCUUCAUUGGAGAGAUUGCAGUUAGAAUACGUGGAUGUGGUGUUUGCGAACAGACCAGACCCGAACACGCCUAUGGAAGAGACGGUGCGAGCGAUGACCCACGUGAUCAAUCAGGGAAUGGCCAUGUACUGGGGCACGUCCCGCUGGAGCCCCAUGGAAAUAAUGGAAGCAUACUCUGUGGCACGACAGUUUAACCAGAUUCCCCCAAUCUGUGAGCAGGCUGAGUAUCACAUGUUUCAGAGAGAGAAGGUGGAAGUGCAGUUGCCUGAGCUUUUUCAUAAGAUAGGUGUAGGGGCAAUGACAUGGUCUCCGCUUGCCUGUGGGAUCAUCUCAGGGAAAUAUGAUAGCGGGGUGCCUCCAUACUCCCGCGCCUCUCUCAAGGGCUACCAGUGGUUGAAGGACAAGAUCUUGAGCGAGGAGGGCCGGCGUCAGCAGGCGAAGCUGAAAGAGCUGCAGGCAAUCGCCGAGCGGCUGGGCUGCACACUGCCACAGCUCGCCAUCGCGUGGUGCCUAAGGAAUGAAGGAGUCAGCUCUGUGCUCUUAGGAGCCUCCAAUACUGAUCAGCUCAUGGAGAAUAUAGGCGCAAUACAGGUCCUCCCGAAGUUAUCCUCCUCCAUCGUGCAUGAGGUGGACAGCAUACUGGGGAACAAACCCUACAGUAAAAAGGACUACCGCUCCUAGUGCGUGGGGAGACCAGGGGCCAUCCACACCGACCUUUGCCUGUUCCUCUGUUUGCUUGAGCUUUUACUGAAUGAGUAACCGGCGCAUGAGACUGGCAGGCACUCCCGACCCUGGAGGGGAAGCCUUUUAGAAAAAUACAGGGCAAGACAAAUAAGAAAAAAAAAAACUUAAAAAAAAAAAAUGAAAACAAAGAGAAAAAAAAGCUAGACAGUAAGUCAUAUUCACAGAGAAAAGGAAAGAGCCAGA